CUCCCCUGCAGUGAAGCGUCGGACUGUGCCACGGUUGAAUUUUUAAUACCGAAAGUGUUCAACGGUUAUCGACGUUGUUGAAAUGGCCGCUGCGUCUCCAGACGAAACACCCGCACUGGGUGCUGAGGACGACGCACCGACCGAGGAGAUAAAGCAGAGCGACGGUGAGGAAAAAGAAAAGGGCCGCACCGAAGCGGAAACGGAGGAACCGGGUCUUCAAGUAGAGCCGAAAAUGGAAGAGGCGGGUCCGGAGGCCGGUGAAGAGGAGCCAGCUGAGGCGACAGACAAGGCCGCGAGCGAGGCGGAGACAUGCGACCAGAAGACUACAACCGCUCCCGUAGAAUUGGAGCUAAAGCCCGUGCCGGAGCUAAAGCCCGUAUCAAACCAAUGCUGCGGAGAUGACGCCAACGAGUCCGCUGACGAUAACGCUAUGAAAGAGGCAAAGGAGGAACCGGGAGCAGAAGACAGCCGGGGCUCUGGGAUAGACUGUGACAAGAGCAAAACAGUGUGUGAAGACGGCGAGAAACCCAGCGUCGAGGUGGACGAUAAAAGGCGGCCGAGUGUGGAGAUAUCAUCCUCGGAUGGUGAACCCCUGAGCCGUAUGGACUCGGAGGACAGUAUCAGCAGCACCUUGAUGGAGAUGGAGAGCACCGUGUCCAGUGGACGCUCCACGCCUGCUAUGAUGAAUGGACAAAGCAGUGCUAGCGCCUCUGGGAUGAAGACUGUGGCUUUCUCCUGCUGCUGGGACCUCUGCCCACAGUGCUUCAACUCCAGUCCUGAUUUGGCAGAACAUAUCAGGGGCAUUCAUGUGGAUGGACAGAGAGGAGGGGUGUUUGUGUGUCUGUGGAAAGGCUGUAAGGUGUAUAACACACCGUCCACCAGUCAGAGUUGGCUCCAGCGGCACGUGUUGACUCACAGUGGAGAUAAGCCCUUCAAGUGUGUAGUUGGCGGCUGCACUGCCAGCUUUGCUUCUCAGGGAGGGCUGGCUCGACAUGUCCCCAGUCACUUCAGCCAGCAAAACUCCUCUAAAAUGUCCAGCCAGGCUAAACUCAAAGAGGAGUCGCCCUCCAAGGCUGGAAUCAACAAGAGGAAGAAGCUCAAGAACAAACGCAGGUGCACCUUACUCUGUCCUUGUCCUCCUCCAGCAAGGCCCCACGACUUCUUCGAUGCCCAAACCAUGGAUGCUAUUCGCCACAGGGCCAUCUGUCUCAACCUUGCUACCCACAUUGAAAGUGUGGGCAAUGGACACAGCGUGGUCUUUCACAGCACGGUGCUAGCCAGAAGGAAAGAGGGAUCUGGCAAAGUAAAGGUUCUCCUGCACUGGACACCUGAGGACAUACUACCUGAUGUAUGGGUGAAUGAAACAGAGCGGUGUCAGCUGAAGACUAAAGUGGUGCAUUUAUCCCAGCUACCGCAGGACACAGCCAUGCUGCUAGACCCAAAUAUCUAUAGAGCACUUCCUCAAAAGCGGCUAAAGUGCAGCCUGUAAGGAGUCAUCUGUGGACUUGAUACUUAUGGGGGAAAUCCAUGCUCUGAGGAGAUUAAUCUGGGAUGGGCUGGGAUGAUCUUCAUCUCUUUCUGUUGAAUUGGGGGAUUGAAGUCGCGAAAAGAGGACGUUAAACCAUUGUUUCAAAUAAACAAAAACGAAAAGAGGAAAAUCAGAACUUGAGCACAGCUAAGUGUGUGGUAAAAUGGGACUAACACAUUUUUAAAAAGUUUUGUAUUUAUCAAAAACUUAUCUAGAUGUUUUUUUUCUGAAAACACCAAGUGGUGUUGAAAACUGUUCUGUGUGACUUUGUCAGAAAAUGCAGCAUAUUUUAUAUCUGUUUUGUGUAAAAUAUUUAUGCAGAUUUGUAAUAUAUUUUUAUACCAUGGAAAAAAGCUUGUGUACUGUGGAUCUUUGUGAAGGUUUUAAAUAGAACCGUAUUGACUGUGAGAAUCUGUUAUCUAUCACUUGUAGGGAUAUUUGAAUAUUUCUAGUUGUAAUUAUAUUGUACAUAACAAAGUCCUCUUAACAAAAUUGUCCUAUUUAUACUUACUGAGUGCAGUACUUAUUACUCGUGUGUAUGAAAGUGAAGUGUGACAUUGUGCCAGUAAUGUCAGACUUGUAUUCAAUCAGAUGCCAAGUGUUAACAGGAGCAAUAACUCUAUCAUGCAACUAUCUGUCAUGUAGCUCUUAAUCUCACUCAGUCUGAAGAGACGACAACAACAACAAAAAAGUGGCAGUGCACACUUACUUAUCUCCCAACUUCCUCCUUUCCAAGUAACGUGAGCUGUGUUUAUGUUAGUCAUUAAUAAUACAUUCACAUCACUUCCAUUAAGAAUAAUUGUUUAAAAAAAACGUUGUCUUUUUUACUGUUUGACUCUUUUGGGAACUGAAUAUGCUUUUGUAAUAAAAACAACACAACUGACA